UUGUCUUCACCACCAUGGCGUGCCUUCUGGUGGCGCGUUUUCUUUGCUUGCAUUACUAUUUAUUUCAGUUCAUUUAAGGCUCGACAUGAGGUACUCCGACGUAUCAGUCUCAAAACGAAGCCCACAAAUGCUCUACGGAGGUAUUUGAAGAAAGUUAUUGCUGGGACUGAACCGAAUCCGUGGGUACCUACAGUAUAUUCAGAGAAGGACUUGAGAAAGAAACUGCGACGCUUUGUAGUGGCAAUGAUGAUUAAAGCAUGUAAAAAUCAAGGAGUAGAAGACUGUGGUGUGGUUUGGUUGUCAUCUAAGCCCUGUGAAGUUUCCUUGCCGAUUGUAAACUUGGGUUUUUUUGCAGAACUUGACAAAUCACACGAGGCCGCCAUCCGAUUCAUUGACCGAUUAAAUGAGGAAAUUGUUGAAUCGUUGAGUAUUCUUGGCAAUUUUUCCUCUGAUCUUAUACGAUGUGCUAGAACUAAUUGCCAGAAGGCAUUUGUCCCAAAUCACGUGGCUCAUACACUGGUUUCCAGAGUCAAAGGCGACUACACUCAUUGUCAGGGGAGUUCUGUUGUAGUUCCCGACUGUCCUCAUGUCCUUGGAACUCAUGAUGAUGUCAAUUAUCUUAUUGUGGAAGGUGGAAGUUAUUCUCAAGAUCUUGAAAUGCCAAGUGAAGUGCAGUCCACCAGCAAGGUACUGAAUGUUCCGAAUGCUCUCUUGUGCUUGUGCUAUUUCCAUAAUGGGAUUUUCGAGUUCAUGUUCGACGUUAUCCAUAUGAAGUGGAACAUCUUUCACAACUGCUUAAUUCAUGUCAAGGAAGUACUAAAGAACAAAAAGUUCAAGGAUAGCGAUGAAGUAAUUGAAGAGCUUCCAUCUGAUGUGAUUAGGAGUUUGGUUCAUUUCUACAUGGCUCGAUAUUUCUGUUUGUGGGUCUUUGGUGAUAAAGAAUUGUGGUCCAAGAAUGGCUGCACACUUUUCCAAGUCUUAUUCCGCAUGGACGCACAAAUAGCCUAA